AUCUUUGUCGGGUUCAGGAUUUUUGCGAGAUCCUCACGACCGACAUCACACUUCAAAUUUCCUUGGUUCAUGUUGACAAUCUCGCACUGAUGAUUACUCUUGUUCCUCUGGGAAAUACUUUCCUGCUCAGAGGAGCAACCCUGGUGUAAUCCGAGUGUGUCUUCAACAAAUCUAGUUAUCAAGUGGAUGGAUUGGGUAUAGAAAACUCCGCUGAACAACUGACUUUUAAAGCUUAGCCGGUGAUGGCUACGUCGGAGGUUGUUCCGCCAACGGGUCGGCCGCUGUUGGAGAUGGUGAACAUGUCCAAUAAACUCGUUUUGGAUAGCGUCUAUCUCAAUGGGCUUCAUGCACUACGGCGUUUUGAGCUUCGAAAUAUUUCUUCUUCGUACCUUACGGUGAAGCUGCGUUCGACGCUCGGUUCGCAGAUUGCAUUUCAACUGACCAACGAGAAUCUUCCCGACCGCGACCGACGGCCAGAGAGUCGCAGAUUAUCUCAGCCGGAUCCAUCGUCGACGUCUUUGUCCUCCUCUGUAGAAUCUGGCCUUUCGGAUCUGGAUCCGUUCUUCAACUAUCAAACGUCACCAGAGCCGGACACACCUAGUGAGGCAUCUGCGGACACACCCAUUCCAAUAACCACAAAUACGGUAGCCGCGGCGGCAAUUGGUGUAUUUGGGACUGAACAGAAUGCAUUACACGGGCAUCAAUUUAAUCAGUUAUUCAAUUAUGUCAAUCACAUCGAUGAACUCUGUAUUGCACCGGGAGAAGCAACAAAAGUAAUCUUGGCCUUUUUGCCGGAAGCGCCUGGCAGGGGACGGCGGUCGGGUGAUCGUGAUGAUGCAGGAGGAGACAAAUCUGCAAAGAUUGAAGGGCUCGCCGGUGAAGACGAGACAUAUGACUUCUUCGAGGUUAAUGGCUUGCUUUUCUUUUUCGCCUACCGAAUCGAUGGGAAGUUCCCAGAACAAAGAAAUGGAACUUUGGAUGUUACCGCAUCGGUUGCUCCGAUACUUCAAGAAUGGGACACAAAGGGUCCAAAGAUAGGUACUGACGGCGAUCGUAGCAGUGGGAUUGAAAGCUGGAAGGUGAAGGGCGGAAGUGCCCUUGGUCGAGAUGAAGAUGAGAUUUUGACACCAAACACUCAAUCACCGCCGGACUACCAGGUUACUGUGAAAUUUCGUUCAAGAGUUUGCCGCUCAGUGCUCUGGACUGACAUUGGAGAUACUGGCCUAAUGUUUGACGAUUGCGUUGUUGGAGGAACAUACUUUAAGGAUUUCACCGUUUGGAACAGAUCCGAAAUCGACUUGUAUUGGAUCCUAAACACAGUCGACUUGUCUAACCGACAAGAUAACACUUGGCUAAAGUUGUCUGAUUACGACACGGGGGAGCCACUAGAUGGAAAGCCGAUCCCUUCUUACUCUCCGCGCAGAAUUCGCAUCACAUUCCGUCCCCGAGAAGUGGGCGAAUUUAAUUAUGAUCUUCAAUUGGAGAACGCGAAUGAUUCUGGAAAUACUGUGCAAGCUACAAUUCAUGCAGUAGUGCGAUCCGCUCUGCGUGAAGAGUCUCUGGUCGUCAGCAGCGGCACGGUAUUAGAUUUUGGUGAUUGUUCUUCAGGUCAAUGGGCGAAGCAACGUCUUGUGCUGCGCAAUAUAUCAGAAAUUCCUUUAGAAAUUGGCUUCUCCGCUGAUACUGCAGGAGUCGUGUUCCAGCGGGAAGAAUCGGCGCAUGAGAAUGCGCACGAAGGACGACCGACGCUGACGGAAGUAGGCGAUCGCUUAAUAGAUAGGCUCCGUGAGCUUUCCUUCGUGUCAACAACCAACAGUGACAUCUCCCACCCACCCAGCGCUGUGAGUUCCAGACCAUCGUCGCCUUCCUUACUGAGUAGAGAAGAAAGUGAAACAGAAGACAUGGAGCAUUCAUCGGCUGAUCUCGCCGCCUUGAUUGCAGCGACAUCGAAGCUUACGGCUGAGCAGGACGAUGAUGCAGAGUCAGAAGAUUCGGAUUAUUUGGAACGAACGGUUGGCGAGGGGGUUGGUAGCAAUGGGGAGGAGUACCGACGAAUUGAAGAGAUGGCGCUUCGACCCGGGAGUGAGCGAAUAAUCGAAGUGUGUUUUCGACCAGAGAAAGACGCGCUGACCCCAGACUAUCGAGGUGGUCGACUCACCAAGCGAAAUUUCCGCAUUACGCUGGCUUACGCUCAUCCUGGGGCACUGGUGAAAGAAAAGAAGAUCAUUCAAUGCAAGGCCAGAGCAUGUACAUCAUUUAUCGAAGUCUCUCCAACCGUUGUCAACUUUGGAGACACAGAUGUAGGCACGUUGAAUUCCUUGCCAAUUCAGAUUACAAAUUGCUCCGAUUUGACCGCCCGCGUGGAACUACGCUUUGUGUCAAAAGUUCUCAACACAUUUCGAGACGAAAUCACUAUUCCACCGAAGCAGUCGAUAGAGGCAAAGAUUGAUAUAUAUCCACGAAAGGUUAACCCAGAUUACCGGAAACAAAUUACGGUGGUCAAUCUUCUCAAUAGAGAUAAUACCCAAAGCGUUGAGGUUCGAUCCACUAACAUCGACAAACACCGGGUUACUUUCCAUUCCCUCUUCUAUCGUGUACUGACACCAACAUCCACAAAUUUCAUUGAUUUUGGGGCAGUCGUACUCAAUUCACCCGUAGUAAGAACCUUCACCAUAGCCAAUAUCUCAAAGAAGCGCCUCGUGUUGGAAAUCGAAGCAUCUUUACCCGAAGACAUAAAAAUAUACACAAAGGGCCGGCCCAUAUCCCCAGCUCAUGAGCUCCCAUCCUCUAGUACUGUGGAGAGACGAGAGCGUCUACUGGAAUCGAUAAGUGAUCGGCGUAAACUGCCGCGGACAGAAGGCUCAAAUGGAGCAAUUUCUGCACCCGCGAAGGCGAUUCCCGCCGCACUUGCCAAGCUCCGGUCAUUUGGCGAUGUUUCGGAAGCCACUGGAACAACAGACUACCUGGACCUAGCGUCAUCCAUUGUCAGCAAGGACGGGCGUCGUUCCCCACGUCGGCGCACUCAUGUGCAACAUUUUCCCGUGAGCACUCUGAAACAUUUACGUACCCAAUUCCGCGAUCGUAAGCCGAACUCAGUUGAAGAGGACACGUCAGGGCGACCGAGUUCGAGUGGCGUGAAGAACAGUUCGGGUUUAGGAGACGAUGCAUCCAAUGAGUCUGCAAGAAUAGUCGGGGAGGAAGAGGAGGUCGAGCAAGACAUGACAAAGUCCAUUGAUUUAGCCUUGCGGAAUGUCGAACAAGCCGAAAAGCGUUCGACAACAAUGCUGAAUAAUGUGCUGGAAUCAUCCAAGAUUGCAAUUGACGUAUUACUGACAAUGCUGGAGAGUGCAACAGGUAAAUUUCCUCCCAUGUUCCCAAAACCCUCUGGAGAAGAGAAAUACGUCCGCGCGCGACUUCACCUCAACCGGGAGCUGGAGAAUGCAAUACAGGACGGACGGCUAGUUCCAGUCUCCCUAGUGGAAGUGCCUGCUGAGAGUGACAUGCCUAUAGUGCUGGUCUUUACUCCGGCUGCCGGAAAUAAGCCCUAUGUUCAGGGGGCGCCACGCAAGCAGGAUGCUCGAGUGUUUUUGAGGCUUGUGGAGUUCGAUAGGGAACUUCAACAACCCCAGUUUGAACAAUUGCUACAAGGCCAUCAAGAUCUCAUCCCCGUCAGAGAGUUGAUGUUGCGUUCAUCGCUUUGUCGCUCCUUCAUGGAUCUCAAUCAGAAAAACAUUAAUUUCGGGCCGCUCAACAAAAACGAACAUCGCACCAAAACUAUUGUUAUACGUAAUAAUUCGGAAGCACCUCUGCUAUAUGCGAUACGCAAGUCUGGGUCUAUUGCCUCCGGAGACCUGAUCCUUGGUGAAUCACGAAUGGGCGUGGUACGUGGUUACGGCAAGCGCGAGAUCGAAUUCAUGUUUGAUCCUUCCCUUGCGGGGCCUUUUCAUGAGCGUCUAACCAUUGAGAAUGUCCAAGAUCGUGAAAAUGAUCAGGUCAUUUCUGUGAAAGCCAACAUCCGCAAGCCCGCGCCUUUCUUUAUCGAAAAUCUGUCAAUUGACUUUGGUCCAUGCCUUAUCAACGAACUGUGUUCUACGGUCCAGCAUAUAGUAAUUUCAAACACCAGUUUCAAGAAAAUCCGCACAUUCGAGGUGCGAAUUGAUCCUCAGGAACUCCAAUUCGUAGGGUGUGUUGGGACAUUCUCUUUUGAUGUCGUUGAUAACGAGGACGAUUAUGUUGAAGACGUGAGCGCACCGGAUGGCGAACCUAGACGACGUCGGCGCCGACCUAUCAUGAUGCUCUCAAAGGAGAUGGAGGAGGAAAUCGAGCAUUUGGAGCAGAAACUGAAGAUAGCCAGGCGAAAGGGCCGAAAGGACAAGGUGAAAAAGCUGAUCGAGAAGUUGGACAAACUACGUGCUGGUAUUGUGGUCGACGAAUAUGCUGAAGAAGAGCCCACGAACGACCAGAAAAAGGAUUUGCAAAGCUCUCUGUUACCUGCUGCUGCAGAUGUAGAGAAUGGUGAGACAACGCCGAAUACCCAGAUAGACCAAGACUAUAACUCGGAACCAGUUGGAAAUGAGCGUGCGAGAAUUAAUUCUGUUGCUGAGAGUGUGGACAUUAGUCGCCGUCCGUCCCAGCUUGCUUUCAGUCCUGAAAGUCAGCCGACAGCCGAUCAGCAGCAGCCAGGUGCACUCACCCUCCCAGCGUCGUUGAAGGUCAAACGGACAGAGCACAGUAUUGUGUUCGCGAUUGAGCCGCGGACAAUCCGAGCAGUUGCUGUCUUCUUCCGUCCCAUUGAAAAGGCGUCGGAAUCGGCAGUGACGGUAUCAGGGUUUAGGGCCUCGACCGCAGAUGACUCGUUGGAAACGACACUGUCUAGCAGCGUGUCCUCCCUGGAAGGGAAGGGCGAAGACCCGGGGUUUUCUGGACGGUCGUCACCACCUCUGCCAAAUACUGCCGAGAGUACACAUGGACUCCGUGAAACCUGUUCUGGCGUGCUCUAUGUCCACGAGCAUAAGAAUACGGACCUCACCAAAGAGGUUUCUUUCAGUGCGCUUGUAUGCUACGAUCAUCGUUCGUAUCUGGAAGCACUUGCUGAGCAACAAGAGAGACAACCCACUGCCGUACGUGAUAUGUUGCAGCCAGGGGAAGCCGCAACCGUCUCCGCAUUCUUGGGAGAUCGUUCUGCAGAUGGUCGUUCUCCUUCUCCGCGCCUCUUUCCAGGCGUUCUUCAGUCUUCACCAAGUUCACCACCGAACUUUGUGGAAUCCAAUGUGCAAGGACUUCCAGCAAGCCCUCCAGCUGGGCCUCCCUCACCCACCCGCGAGCCAGGACCGGAGCCCAAUGUCUCUGCCGUUGAACCGGUGCCGACUCUGAUCGUAGAAGUUCCGCAGAUUGAACUCGGAAACAUCAAAAUUAUGGAACGCAAGGAUUGUUAUUUUACUAUGACAAAUCGAAGCCCAGCGGCACUUCCUUUCACAAUCAUUCCACCUGAAGGUCCCUCAAUUCUCAACUUCAACUACGUACAUGGCACUCUUUCCCAGAAAGAAACCCGCCGGGUAGAGCUCUGGAUCACACCAACAAUAGUUGGUCGCCAAUCGCAGACAUUUUCUAUUAUGAAUCAGAUCACAGGACAACCCGCAACUGUGACCUUCUUAUUUUAUGCUAUAGCACCGGUCUACUUGCGCUUCCCCUCCCUGCCAGAUCCGUUGGCGACAUCGGCAGAGCUGGAUUUAGGCUACUGCUAUCUCGACGGCCAAAAGAAAUAUGCGCGAAUAGUCCCGUAUGAAGUCGAGAAUGUGUCUGACGAGGAUCUGUACAUUAGCGCAGUGUCAAAUUUGGCACAACAAUGUUUCAUUUUUACCGACCCGAAUUCGGAAAUUCCGGCAACGGAAGUCCCGCUGGCGCCGCAGAAACGCUUAACCGUGUACAUAGCGCUGCAGCCGUAUUUGGGUGGGACCUCGGCAAGGCGAACGGGUCCCGGUGCAGCCAAGGGUCAGAGUGUCGCAUCCGUCACGGCUGGUGGGUCCGGUACCGCGACCGGAAACUCAUCGGGCGAUGACUAUCGGACACUCGUAGGAGGUAUCAAGUUCCUCGUUUUGAAGAAGGAACAGUUUUCACCUGCUUCUGUUGAUCGCGUAACCCAAAAUGAGGCCGGAGCUCCAGUAGACACACUGUAUCAUCUCACGACGUACACCGCCAAAUUUAGCGCGGUCAUUGGUCAGUCUCUUUUGAGUGUCUCUGAUGCUCUCAUCGACCUGGGCUGCACUUCCGAGAUAGGGGGAAUAUUCAGCGGAAGUUUCUACGUAUGCAACUUAUCUAGCAAGCUACCCUUAGAGUUUCGUCUCCAGUCUUCCAAUCCUCAGAUAGAACUUGCCGAUUACGUAGGCAGGUUGGAAGGUCGAACAGAGGGCGUCGCUGGUUCCGAGCAAAGUGCAAUGGGCAUCCCCAGUGGCGUUGAGGGCAAUCGAUCGUCACCUCGGGAACGCAUCACUUUCCAUUUGCGAUGCACUGGCUAUGGUUUCAUCCAGCAUUUUAUUAAUGCUAUCAAUUUGAAUAACUCUGCGCAGAAGGUCAAGGUAGAGGUACGCCUGUUCGCGGACAUGGGGAUGGUGAAAGUCGGUCCUUGCGCGCCUCUUAGGGCCUUGACAGGUACGAGAACUCUUACCAGCGACGUUUUACCUGCUGCGGCCGCUCAACCAUCCGCUCAACCAUCGGCUGUUCGAUGGGACGAUAUUUAUGUGGAUGUUCCUGUGAGUGACAUAACAAGAUCUCAAGGGACAUCAUCGGUCGCUCCGAAUGUCGUGGAAGAAAAGCAGGUCGUACUUCAAAGGCGAGAAGGAGCUGAUGCACUGCCGUUGUACGAGAAAUCUCUUGCAGUGGAGAACAUCUCCAACACAGUCCUCAUAAUCGCCGCCACAAGUGACCUCGAUUUGAAUAUCAGAUGGAGUGUACGCAGUGAAGCCCGUAUAACGAACGAGCGUGUAUCAAACGGUCUGCUCGAAAUUAGUGCAGAAAAUGCUCCUAUCAGUAUGGCUUGCCCAAAAGACGGUUGGAAGCCAUGCAGCCCCAAGAUUUCGAUCCAACCAGGAGAAAAGAUUACGGCAUAUGUGUCAAUCCCAAGCCCGUCUGCCUUGGCCGGAAAUGAUGAGGCAGUUGGCAAUCUUGUCAGCGGGAAGAAGUUCACACUGAGAGGAAUUCUGUGUUUUGAGGACGUCAGAAAGAAGCUGACUCUCGGGGUGGUCGAUCUACAAGCGUCAUAUUGUCUAUCACGCGGCGAGGUGGAACCCACUCUGGUGGAUCUCGGCAAAGUUGGGCAUUUCAAUAGCUGGAAUGACGCCAAGCUUAAGUUUACUCUCCGUAAUCUCGCGGAUAUCCCCUUGUUGUAUGAGCUGCAGCUUCCAGAUGCUCUUGACAUAGUGUCAGGAGAGGAAAAGAAUGCCGGAGCAACCAAGAGUAAAGUUGACGCAAACGGAACUCAAGUGAUAGAUGCUGUGCUGAAACCGCGCGUGUUGGAACCCAGAGCCAUUGGGCCCCACAUACUCAAUAUUGGAAUAGUGAACUUAUUCAAUCCGCGCAAUGUGAUGGGGAUUGCCGUCAGCUGCCAGUUAACCCUGUUCGAACUACGCUUUGAACGCCUGGUGUCGGGAGAGCUGGUGCUACCACCUUUAACUCAUCCACAUAUACCGACCGCUCUACCAUGUGACACAUGGUUUACCAUCGUGAACACGGCUGAUGAGGAGGUUAAGUUUGAUAUCGGGUUUACUCUCACCCUCGACGUUGCCGAAUUUGUUAGGUUGGAUGUAUUAUCGCGCUUUUCCAAUUCUCCUCUGGUAGGGUCGGUGACGUUAAAUCCACGAGGCUCCAUUGAAGUACGAGUGAGAGCAUAUGCAAGGGAAGACUCCAGGCUGCCCGCCAAUCAUCCCAAUGCGCGUUCGUUGACAAACCCAGAUGGCAUUACGUUUGGUAGUCUCUGUAUCACUUCGAGAAAUCAGGGAGACGUGGAGGGAAACCGAAUGAUGGAGAAUAUUCCGAUAAGAGGCAUAAUUCACGAAGGUCAAACAUUUACGAUUUCGCAAAAGCGGGUAGAAUUCCGCAGUAUCUUAGCAUCUGAUACCGAAGAAGACUCGGAAGACGAAGAUGGCGUGGAUGAAGACGGUGUCGUUCCCAUUCGACGGCAGUCGAGCGCUUUGAGUGCGUCCGAGAGUACAUCCGGCCACGACUACCCUUCACCGUUAAUGAUUCCGACUCAGCGUGCCAUCGUUGAGGUGACAAACCUGUCAGCAGCGUUCCCGCUGGAGUUCAAGGUGGUUUUUGAAUAUCCAAUGGAACUUCCGAACGCUGCGAAUUUACUCAGAGUUACUCCUUUGGAUGAGGAUAUGUGCGGAAGCGUUGGUCCUGGAGGACGGUUGCAACUGGUGUUCGAGCUCCUUGACCCGCAAAUAGGAGGCAUAUCUGACGACAUCAAGGUCCUUGUAUUGGAUAAGAACUCUCUCAGUCGAUCGCCGCAGGUGGUAUAUGUAUCGAUAGUGGAAGACAUAACGGGAAGGCUCGAAAGCAGGUAUCUUGGCAGUGAGACGGACCCGAAUGAUACUGUUCCAGAGCUCUUUAUCUCAGAACAGCGGACAGAUAAGACCACGGAAUCAAUCAUUGGGAAACUACCUGUUGAGGAACCUGUAUCUUCUGGCGAGGAAGGAGACGAGGACUUCCUGUGCUCUGAGGCGAUGUCAUCAUCAUCACUGAGUGGCUUUGAGCGUGGACAAACCUCUGUGUCAAGCCGGCCUUCGGUCAGCGACUCGCUCAAUAUCCCUGUUUUACGCCGAAAUCCAGGACAUAUCCAGCUACGCGGAUGCAAGCGAAUAUCGGAACGCGGAUCGGAAAUAGAGGGACUGUUCGAAUUAGAUCUCGGGCAACAAGACCUCGCUUCGAAUGUUGCCAUGAAAAAGCUGCUCCUUGAAAACCCGUCUUCUGACCGCAUUUCCUACCGCGUUCGAACCUUAAGCGAAGCAGACAAGUCUUGGAUCUCCUUUAGUCGAACAGAGGGCACCCUUGACGGCACCCGGUCUGUUGCUAGCGGUGGUGGAGGUCAGCGGGACGCUCAUACGAUCAGCGUCAAUUUCAUGACCAGUGCAAGGGGCGUCUACACCACGUACGUUUUCAUCGAAAACCUUGAUAAUCCAGCGGAUACCAAAAUCAUCAGAGUUUCAAUGGAAAUUGUUGCUCGUCAGAACAUCCGGCGGACGCCCGCGACGACAUCGACAGGCUCAGCUUAUACUGGAAACGUGACCGCUGGUGUUGCAAUUGAGCCUGCGUCAAAUCAUGUGUUUGACGUGUAUGUUCAUGGGGCAGAUGCGAAUGUAUCUUCCAUAGUUAUGGAUCAUCUUUACUUUGGAACUGAAUAUGCUGCACGAAGCAUGAUCAUCUGCAACCGCGAGUCUGUUCCCCUUGAAUUUACGGUGCACAGUAGCAUAUCUCAUGACGACGAUACGGAGCUCGUGUUUUCCUUGUCCAGGACAAGUGCAAAGCUGUUCAGAAACGUAACAGUGGAGCCAGAAAGUCAAGCGAGGGUGUACAUACGCCUGCGACCUUCAGCCAAUUCUACUUACAACAUCUGCCGGCAAUCUGUUCCAAGUUCGGGGCAGCCUGUUAUUCCAGGAAUUCAGCGUCAGGCAUCUCUGACGGCAGCGAACCAGCCCGUAGAAAAGAACGUUGAGAUCUAUAUCAACUGUCGACUAGUGAAAGACUAUCAGAAGAUUAUUAAUCUGCGUGCAAUCUGUCGGCAACCUCAAAUGCAGAUUUUGGAUCAAGAGAUUGUUUUUCGUGGCAUGUUCAGGCGCAAAGACGAGGGAGCAUCAGCCGUAGCCAAGGAGGAAGACGUUUGGGCUUUGCAGCUUCACCCUCUAAAAGCCACCAUUGAAGUGGGAAAUCUGUUAACCGAUCCUUUGGAUUGCUGGGUGAUGAAUGAUACCAUGUUUUUUGCGGUGGAGGAUGUCACUAUCAGUGACAGCGACACAGACUCAGUGCCAGAUUCAACACUGGUGCAGCCCUCAGCUGCCCAUUCGAUGGUCAGCUCACCUGUGCACUCCGGGCCACAUAAGCAUCGGCACAGUGUGACCGUAGGCAUCGCGCCGAAACGUUCGGCGGUUUUGCAGAUUACUCCCCGAAUGGAUGUAUUGCUAAAGCACACGGAUAGACUGAGAAGGGAAAAGUAUAUUGUGGAACACCUUACCAUAUACAACCGGAGACGCCCAAAGGAGAGGCGGUUUAUUGUGCUGAAGCUGAGCCUUGGAUAUCUGACAGAAUUUCAGUCGGCAUCGGGUUCGCGCUAUUCUUAUGGUGCACUAGAGCAUCAUAUUGUACGAUUACUGAAAGAGUUCGAUAGCUUCCCGGAUUUGAUUGGCGAAUCAGAGUCCGCUUUUCAGAUGACCCAUCCGGAGAUCGUAAUGGAUAAGACGUCAGAGGCGUUCUUUAGGUUUACAUAUAUUGUGGACCAGCUCGUGUACUAUGGAACGCGAGAGCACGCAGCAGAGAAUUAUGCUCAUCUUGCGCAGCUUCUAUUUAGCACGCUUUUUUCAAAGCCAAUAUUUAAAGAGCAUGCCCCGGCCUCAUUGAUCGUGUCCUCAAGCGGUGCCUGCAGGUGCUGGCCGCCCGCGCUAGCGAAAUGGAUAUCACUUUUUAUGUAUUUCAUGGAAUACUUUCCGUACCGAUGGCCUGCACUGGAGCCCCUACGAGAAUUGACUCGCGGUCUCCUAAGCGGUGGCGAGUCAACGCCGGUGGUGGAGGGCCCAUGAUAACACCUGUAUUUAACAUUUUAACAUUCAUGUACUGUUACGGAACUAUUUUGAGGGAUGCCUGUAUAGACUAGAAAGGCUUGAUGCUUUGACUGCAGCCCAAGCCAUGUAUAUAAUUCCUGGAUGAAAAGAUAUAUCCUUUCAGUUCCUUAAACCACUUGGAGUGCAUUAGGACUGAUUGAGACAGUUGGCUGACGUAAACACUCC